UGAGGACCAGGAAGUGUCCUACAACGGAGUCCAAAUCUUGAAGAUCGAUGGUGGUAAAUAGCUACUACCAAGGUACGUGUUCAUAAUUAGGAAAAGCUUUGCUACUCAUAUUAGUGUUACAUGUAGUAUUUUAUGAGUUAUGCAAACAAAACCAACCGUUUUUGCUACGUUCGCUGGCUAGCUAACAAAGGUGCUAUAGUCGAUUGUUUUUAUAUUCUCUGAAAAGGUAACGUUAGCUAUUUGUUAUGUAGUUUGUAGCUACUUAGUGAGUGUGACAAGUGUGUCGCGCGCGCGCGCGCGCGGUCGGUCUGAGCAUACCUUGCAAUGGGGUCUUUGUGUGACAGUGUGUGUUUUUAUUGACAUUGUCAGGGAGCUCCACCAGUGUAGGAGAUGCAAGCAGUGUUCAGACUGGCAGUAUUGGCAGUCCCUAUGGGUGUGCUGCUGUCAAGAACCAUGGCAUGGAUGUCCACUGGAAAGACACACCCAGAACUUAUCAACCGCCUGAGAGGUAUGAGAGACUGAUCUCAGUCCUGGGCUGCGUUCAGCAGGACACAACAUUGUGGAAUGUUCAGAUGGAAACAUGUUACAUUGACCUGUGGUUCUCAACCUUUUUUGGUUACUGUACCACCAAGUACCCCCUCAUGUGCAUUUUACCAGUAAGCCUAUGGUCUCGAGUCUUCUCAAGGACCCCCUUGGGAUAGGCCAAGUACCCAGAGGGGUACUACCCCUGGUUGAGAACUACUGAUGUAGACCAAAUAUGCCCCUCUGGCAUAUAGAGCAGGAAACACACUAUUGCAAGGUGCAAACAGUUUUGUUUUUUGCUGUUGAAUAUUGAUGCCCAUAUCCUGCUAAAAAGCCACUGUGUUCAAUAAUUGUCUUUGAAAAUGGCCUCCUUUACUCCAAAGAACAUGGGGUUAUCCGCAGUGAUCGGGUGUUUGACGCCAUGCUUGCCACCGACCGAGGGAUCUACUCCAGAGACUACCCGUAUGCUGACUCUCCUCAGUCCAUAGGUACAGUGCCUAGUGAAAGUCUACACAUCUAAUAUAUAUAUAUAUAUAUAUAUAUAUAUAUAUAUAUAUAUUUAAACUAAGAUGUCUUGAUUGCGUUUGUCUUCACACCCCAGAGUUAAUACGAUACUUGGUGGAAGCACCUUUGGCAGCCAUUACAGCUGUGAAUCAUUUUGAAUACGAUUCUACCAACUUUGCACAACUCUUAGGGCAAGAUACUGUAUAUCCAUUGUUUUUGUAAAAAUUGCUCAAGCUCAGUAAAUUUGGUUGAGAGUUAUUGAUGGACAGCAAUAUUUAAACCUUCUCUCUGAUUUUCAAGCAGAUUUAAGUCAGGACUGAGAUUGGAACAUUCAGGAACACAACAUCUGUUAGAAAGCCAUUCUGGUGUGUCUUUGGCAUUGAAAUGUGUGUAAUUGUCCCGCUGAAAAUUAAAAUGCUAUUCCAGGGUUAGGUAUUAAGAAGACUGAGGCAGGGUUUCCUCUAACUUUUUUAUCUGGGCUUUGAUCCAUUCAUAUUUCAAGCAUACCAAUAACAUGAUGCUGCCACCACAAUACUUGAAAAUACAGAGGAUCAACAACAUUGUGUUCACUCCACAUUACUGGCCUGUAUGACAAAGUAAAAAGAAGGAAGCCUUUGUUAAUAAAUAAAAAAUCCACUCUAAAUCCUCCAUUCAAUUUGCAACACGGCCAUUAAGUAAUACUGCAAGACAACACUGCAAUUUUGUAAGUAUUGUGGUGGUAGCAUCAUGUUAUGGGUAUGCUGGAAGUUUUGUCAUGUUCAAAAUAAAUAUGAAAGGAGCAAAUCUCAGGUAAAAGGUACAAGGGAAAUCCACCUCAGUCUUCUGAAAACCUAACCCUGGGAUAGUUAAAUUUUUUAGCGGGACAAUUACAAAACAUGUAAUGCCAAAGACACACCAGAAUGGAUUUCCAAGAGGUGUUGAGUGUUCCUGAGAGUUCCAGUCUCAGUCUUGACUUAAUUUAGCUUGAAAAUCAGAGAAUAGGCUUAUAAUAUUGCUGUCCAUCAAUGAUUCCCAACCAAAUUUACUGGGCUUGAGCAAUUUUGAUGAAAACAAUGGAUAUACACUGAGUGAUCAAAACAUUAAGAACACCUUCCUUAUAUUGAGUUGCUUCAAUAUUAGAAAUAUUAGGAAUUACUUCAGGGUAAUUUACAUAGGUUAUAGGACUUCAUCAAUCUUUUUUUAGUUUUGUUCAUUGAUCUGCAUUAUAUACAGAGUAUACCUAAUAUUGAGUUGCACCCCCACUUUUGCCCUCAGAACAGCCUCAAUUCGUCAGGGUAUGAACUCUACAAGUUGUCGAAAGCGUUCUACAGGGAUGCUGGCCCAUGUUGCUUCCCACAGUUGUGUCAAGUUGGCUGGAUAAUCCUUUGUGUGGUGGACCAUUCUUGAUGCACAUGGAAAACUGUUGAGCAUGAGAAAUCCAGCAGCAUUGCAGUUCUUGACACAAACCGGUGCGCCUGGCACCUACUAUCAUACCCCGUUCAAAGGCACUUAAAUAUUUUGUCUUGCCCAUUCACCCUCUGAAUGGCACUAUACAAAAUCCAUGUCUCGAUUGUCUCAAGGCUUAAAAAUCCUUCUUUAACCUGUCAACUCCCCUUUCAUCUACACUGAUUGAAGUGGAUUUAACAAGUGACAUCAAUAAGGGAUCAUAGCUUUCACCUGGUCAGUCUAUGUCAUGUAAAGAGCAGGUGUUCUUAAUGUUUUGUACACUCAGUGUAUGUUGCCCUAAGCGUUGUGCAAAGUUGGUAGAAUCUUAUUCAAAAUGAUUUACAGCUGUAAUGGCUGCCAAAGGUGCUUCCACCAAGUAUUAACUCUGGGGUGUGAAGACGUACACAAUCAAGACAUCUUAGCUUUUUUUAAAUACAUUUUUAUUGUAUAGUUAUAUUUUUGAUAAUUUCUCUUUCACUUUGAAAAUGUGAAGUAGGUUGUGUAGAUCUGUAGGAAAAAAUCUAAUAUAUUCACUUUUUAGAUUACAUUUUAAGGCAGAAAAUGUGAAGACUGUGCAAGGGGUGUGUAGACUUUCACUAGCGACUAUACAUUCUGACUAGCAUACAAACUUGUACAAAGUAGCAUAAUUGACAGUUGAAUAGAUGACUAUCACUACAUACAGUACAUAAUGAUCUCCUUUGUUUUCAUAGGAUUCAAGGCAACAAUCAGUGCUCCACACAUGGUAAGUGUUUCAGUAUAGAACUUGUAAUUUUCUAAGUAGGAAAGAUAAUGACACAAUGCUCAAUAUGGAUGCUGUCUGGUGUUUAUUCAGCAUGCACAUGCCCUGGAGGUGCUAAGUGACAAGCUAAUGGAUGGGGCAUCUGCAUUGGAUGUGGGAUCAGGAAGUGGCUAUCUCACAGCGUGCUUUGCGAGGAUGGUAAAUUCCAGAAUCGAUUUGUAUGAGUUCAUACUUUACAAUAAUCAUAUUUGUGAUAUUUCCUCAUAGUAAUUUGCUUCUCUUUCCCUUUGUAGGUAGGGCCGACAGGGAAAGUAGUAGGGAUUGAACACAUAGAUGAGCUGGUCCAAACCUCUGUGAGGAACGUCCAGGCUGACGACCCCGAGCUGCUCUCUUCAGGGCGUAUCAGACUUGUCGGUAAGUCCGGUGACUGAAAGGCUAUGUAUUCAGCUCUAUGUUCAGACAACAUACAAUGCAAAUUAUAGGUCAUGUUUUUUGUUAAACAAAUAAUGAAAGAUGUAAAGGUUGAGUUGGCAAACCAUAUUUAGUCAUCAUGAGACACUAUAUGUUUGUAUUGGUGUCUGAUAAAUCUGAGAUUUCUCAGUGGUGUCAUUCCCUAUGGGAUUAGUGACCAUUCAAUAAUUUAUUGCACAAGAAAGGCUCAGAAAAUGCUCUUACUGUCGCAACAUAAUAUAAUAAUAACAUAAUAAUAACUGUUAGGUGUCUGAAACAUUAUAGCAAAGAUGCAUUUAUUGAUCACUUGAAUAAAGUACAUUGGGACCCGGUACUUACAUGUCUAAAUAUGGAUAAAGCAUGGGACUGUUUCAACAACUGUUUCUUAAGCAUUGUGGAUAUAGUGGCUCCAUGGAAAACCAUAGGAAUUAAAACAAAGAACUGAACCUUGGAUGAAUCAGGAAAUCCUUGAGGCCGUUAAAUCAAGGAAUACUGCAUUUCUAGAAUAUAACAGAACCAAAGAGGAAGAUGCUUUCACUAGACACAGAACCCUAAGGAACAAAGCUAGUCAGAUGAUUGAAGAUGCCAAAAAUUCAUAUUUUAAAACAAAAUUGGUGAGAAUAGGCAUACUCCUAGGAUGUUGUGGCAGUCCCUAAAACAGUAGGGAUAUAGAAAUAAACAGAAAACGAAUAGCAAAAGCUUGGUUAGUGAGGUCAAUGGAGAAGUCACGUUUGACAAGGAAGUGGCAGCUGACAAUCUCAAUACCGUUUUCACAACAGUUUCCUCAAAUUUGGUUGAGAAGCUACCCGGUUGUACUGGAGUGUAUGGUAGGGUCAGGUCCUAGGCUAUUACUCCAAGAUGGGUGUACAAGCUGAUGCCUUUUCCUAUUUUCGCGUUUCUCAGGCUGAAGUUGUCAAGAGAACUAAACUGCUCUAAAGCUACAGGCCUCAACAAUAUCCCUGCCAGGUUUUUAAGAGGUUCCCACGGAUACGAAACUUGCUAGAGUGAUCCCUGUCUACAAGAAGGGCAGCAAAACAGACAAGUGCAACCUGUAUCUAUUUUGAGUGUGCUGUCUAAAGUGCUGGAAAAAUAAAUGUAUGAACAGAUAGAGGAAUAUACUAGUAAGAAUAAUAUUUUAUACGAACUACAGUCUGGUUUUUAAAAGUCCCACUCCACUGACACGUCUAUUGUUUUUAACUGACUUUAUCAGGAAAGAAGUUGACCAGGGAAAUUUCUGUGGAAUGGUAAUGCUGGAUCUGCAGAAGGCAUUUGACAUGGUUGUUCAUAUUAUCAUGCUCUAUAAGUUUAAAAGCCUUUGGUUUUAAGAGCAGGGCCACUGACUGGGUUACAUCCUAUUUAAUAGGUAGAGACCAAAUGAUGGAUGUUAAUGGAAAACAUUAUAUUGCAAAGGGGAUUAGCUGUGGGGUGCCACAGGGGAGGACCUUGGCACACUUCUCUUCCUACUGUACAUUAACGAUAUGAAAUCAGCCUGCUCUUGUAAUUCGUUUUUGUAUGCUGAUGACUCUGCUCUACUGAUGUCCCAUAAGAACAAAGCCUCAGUAGAAGAGAUCCUUAGUGCGGCGUUAUCCAAUAUCACUAAAUGGCUUUCAGAUAACAAACUUUCAGUGCAUCUUGGAAAAACAGAAUCCAUCUUAUUUGGUUCCAGAGUAAAGCUUGCAAGGCCCCCUAGUUUUAGUUGCAAAGCAACUCAGUGGUUACACCAAAAACCUCAGUCAGCUAGCUUGGGUGUGAAUUGGAUAGGUACAGUUGAAGUCGGAGGUUUACAUACACCUUAGCCAAUUACAUUUAAUCCUAGUAAAAAUUCCCUAUUUUAGGUCAGUUAGGAUCACUACUUUACUAUUAUUCUGACAUUUCACAUUCUUAAAAUAGAGAGAAUGAUUUAUUUAAGCUUUUAUUUCUUUCAUCACAUUCCCAGUGGGUCAGAAGUUUACAUACACUCAAUUAGUAUUUGGAAGCAUUACCUUUAAAUUGUUUAACUUGGGUCAAACGUUUCGGGUAGCCUUCCAGAAAGCUUCCCACAAUAAGUUGGGUGAAUUUUGGCCCCUUCCUCCUGACAGAGCUGGUGUAACUGAGUCAGGUUUGUAGGCCUCCUUGCUCGCACACGCGUUUUCAGUUCUGCCCACACAUUUUCUAUAAGAGGUCAGGGCUUUGUGAUGGCCACUCCAAUACCUUGACUUUGUUGUCCUUAAGCCAUUUUGCCACAACUUUGGAAGUAUGCUUGGGGGUCAUUGUCCAUUUGGAAGACCCAUUUGCGACCAAGCUUUAACUUCCUGACUGAUGUCUUGAGAUGUUGCUUCAAUAUAUCCACAUAAUUUUCCUCCCUCAUGAUGCCAUCUAUUUUUUGAAGUGCAACAAUCCCUCCUGCAGCAAAGCACCCCCACAGCAUGAUGCUGCCACCCCCGUGCUUCACGGUUGGGAUGGUGUUCUUCGGCUUGCAAGCCUUCCCCUUUUUCCUCCAAAAAUAACGAUGGUCAUUAUGGCCAAACAGUUCUAUUUUUGUUUCAUCAGACCAGAGGACAAUUCUCCAAAAAGUAAGAUCUUUGUCUCCAUGUGCAAUUGCAAACCAUAGUCUGGCUUUUUUAUGGCGGUUUUGGAGCAGUAGCUUCUUCCUUGCUGAGCGGCCUUUCAGGUUAUGUCGAUAUAGGACUCGUUUUACUGUGGAUAUACAGUGGGGAGAACAAGUAUUUGAUACACUGCCGAUUUUGCAGGUUUUCCUACUUACAAAGCAUGUACAGGUCUGUAAUUUUUAUCAUAGGCACACUUCAACUGUGAGAGACGGAAAAUCACAUUGUAUGAUUUUUACAUUUUAUUGGAUGAAAUAAGUAUUUGAUCACCUACCAACCAGUAAGAAUUCCGGCUCUCACAGACCUGUUAGUUUUUCUUUAAGAAUCCCUCCUGUUCUCCACUCAUUACCUGUAUUAACUGCACCUGUUUGAACUCGUUACCUGUAUAAAAGACACCUGUCCACACACUCAAUCAAACAGACUCCAACCUCUUCACAAUGAACAAGACCGGAGAGCUGUGUUAGGACAUCAGGGAUAAAAUUGUAGACCUGCACAAGGCUGGGAUGGGCUACAGGACAAUAGGCAAGCAGCUUGGUUGGCGCAAUUAUUAGAAAAUGGAAGAAGUUCAAGAUGACGGUCAAUCAUCCUCGGUCUGGGGCUCCAUGCAAGAUCUCACCUCGUGGGGCAUCAAUGAUCAUAAGGAAGGUGAGGGAUCAGCCCAGAACUACCGUUAGGACCUGGUCAAUGACCUGAAGAGAGCUGGAACCACCGUCUCAAAGAAAACCAUUAGUAACACACUAUGCCGUCAUGGAUUAAAAUCCUGCAGCGCACGCAAGGUCCCCCUGCUCAAGCCAGCGCAUGUCCAGGCCCGUCUGAAGUUUGCCAAUGACCAUCUGGAUGAUCCAGAGGAGGAAUGGGAGAAGGUCAUGUGGUCUGAUGAGACAAAAAUAUAGCUUUUUGGUCUAAACUCCACUCGCCAUGUUUGGAGGAAGAAGAAGGAUGAGUACAACCCCAAGAACACCAUCCCAACCGUGAAGCAUGGAGGUGGAAACAUCAUUCUUUGGGGAUGCUUUUCUGCAAAGGGGACAGGACGACUGCACCGUAUUGAGGGGAGGAUGGAUGGGGCCAUGUAUCGCGAGAUCUUGGCCAACAACCUCCUUCCCUCAGUAAGAGCAUUGAAGAUGGGUCGUGGCUGGGUCUUCUAGCAUGACAACGACCCGAAACACACAGCCAGGGCAACUAAGGAGUGGCUCCGUAAGAAGCAUCUCAAUGUCCUGGAGUGGCCUAGCCAGUCUCCAGACCUGAACCCAAUAGAAAAUCUUUGGAGGGAGCUGAAAGUCCGUAUUGCCCAGCGACAGCCCCGAAACCUGAAGGAUCUGGAGAAGGUCUGUAUGUAGGAGUGGGCCAAAAUCCCUGCUGCCGUGUGUGCAAACCUGGUCAAGACCUACAGGAAACAUAUGAUCUCUGUAAUUGCAAACAAAGGUUUCUCUACCAAAUAUUAAGUUCUGCUUUUUCUGAUGUAUCAAAUACUUAUGUCAUGCAAUAAAAUGCAAAUUAAUUACUUAAAAAUCAUACAAUGUGAUUUUCUGGAUUUUUGUUUUAGAUUCCGUCUCUCACAGUUGAAGUGUACCUAUGAUAAAAAUUACAGACCUCUACAUGCUUUGUAAGUAGGAAAACCUGCAAAAUCGGCAGUGUAUCAAAUACUUGUUCUCCCCACUGUAGAUACUUUUGUACCUGUUUCCUCCAGCAUCUUCACAAAGUCCUUUGCUGUUGUUCUGGGAUUGCUUUGCACUUUUCGCACCAAAGUACGUUCAUCUCUAGGAGACAGAACACGUCUCCUUCCUGAGCGGUAUGACGGCUGUGUGGUCCCAUGGUGUUUAUACUUGCGUACUAUUGUAUGUACAGAUGACCGUGGUACCUUCAGGCGUUUGGAAAUUGCUCCCAAGGAUGAACCAGACUUGUGGAGGUCUACAAUUUUUUUCCUGAGGUCUUGCCUGAUUUAUUUUGAUUUUCCCAUGAUGUCAAGCAAAGAGGCACUGAGUUUGAAGGUAGGCCUUGAAAUACAUCCACAGGUACACCUCCAAUUGGAUUCAAAUGAUGUCAAUUAGCCUAUCAGAAGCUUCUAAAGCCAUGACAUAAUUUUCUGGAAUUUUCCAAGCUGUUUAAAGGCACCGUCAACUUAGUGUAUGUAAACUUCUGACCCACUGGAAUUGUGAUACAGUGAAUUAUAAGUGAAAUAAUCUGUCUGUAAACAAUUGUUGGAAAAAUUACUUUUGUCAUGCACAAAGUAGAUGUCCUAACCGACUUGCCAAAACUAUAGUUUGUUAACAAGACAUUUGUGGAGUGGUUGAAAAACGAGUUUUAAUUCGUUUUAAGUGUAUGUAAACGUCAGACUUCAACUGUACCUGACUGGUGAGACUAUGGCCCUAAAGGUUUUAAUAAAGAUAAACCAAAAAAUUUAAUUCGUAGCUCGGACCUCAAAAUAUCUUGAUAGUGGCACCCUAAAGACUCUGGCAGGUGCGCUACUUCAGUGUCACUUUGAUUAUGCGUGGACAUCAUGGUUCACCAGCAUCCCUAAACAUCUAAAGAUCAUGUUAAACUACAGACCAGCCAAAACAAGCUGGUGAGAGUUGUACUUAAACUCCCCCCUCGUACUCAUCUGGAGGUCAAACGUUUUAAUUAUCUAGGCUGGCUAUCUGUAGAGAAAAGGGUCAUAUUAAAUCAACUUGGUCGGGUCCAUAGAAUUAUUACUGACUCAGCCCCAAGGUACCUAUCGAAUAAUUUUACUUAUAUUAGAGAUGUCCACCAAUACAACACCAGAGCCAGAGACUCUGAUAUUGUCUUUUUAAAUUUAAAUGUCUGGUAAGAACACCUUUUUAUAUACCGGCACUGUUGAGUGGAACAACCUUCCACAGCAACUCAAAGCCAUGCUGACCAUAACUUCAUUUAAAAAGAAUGUCAAAAGCUGGCUAAUGAUCAAGCAAUAUCAAAAAUAUUAAAAAUACAUAUCUGUGUAAUGCUCUAGGCUAUGACAAUGUCGUCCUGUCCUUUGUUUUGUUAUGUGUUACCAAAGUAUGCCUAGUAAAGGACCACAAUGAAAAUACAUUUUCAAACUUUGUUGUGUCAUCCUCUGAUGCAUUAUCCACGUGUGAUUUGUAUUGUGUUUUAAAUUGUCAAAUACAUUCUCUCUUCUCUCCAAACACCAAAACAAUGUUUGAUAAUAUUCAUGUUUUUCUCAGUCGGAGAUGGACGGUUAGGCUACCCUGAUGGAGCCCCAUAUGAUGCCAUUCACGUAGGGGCAGCCGCGCCUACGCUCCCUACAGCUGUAAGGACUUGGCCGAUCUAUAACUUUCAAGCCAGUGUUUUUAUUUGACUGACGACUUGAAUUUAUCAUCAGUAAUAGAUGCGGUAAAGAGGUCAGUUGAACUUUAGCGAAAACAAUGGAAUUGCCAUGGUAACACGUGGGGUUUCCUCAUUGCCCCCAAGUUAAAUUAGCCUACAUUUAGGGUAUUGUUUAUGUGUAUUUCACACUAUGCUGAGGUAAAAAUGUCAGUAUAUAGGGCCUCCCGAGUGGCGCAGUGAUCUAAGGCACUGCAUCGCAGUGUUGCGGCGUCACUACAGCCUGGGGUUCGAUCCCAGGCUUUGUCAUUACCGGCCGUGACCGGGAGUCCCAUAGGGUGGCGCACAAUUGGCCCAGCUUUGUCCGGGUUAGGUGAAGGUUUUACUUGGCUCAUCGCUCUCUAGCAACUCCUUGUGGCGAGCCGGGCACCUGCAGGCUGACUUCGGUCGUCAGUUGAACAGUGUUUCCUCCGACACAUUGGUGCAGCUGGCUUACGGGUUAAGCGGGCAGGUGUUUAGAAGCGCAGUUUGGUGGGUCAUGUUUCGGAGGACUCGACCUUCGCCUCUCCCAAACCCGUUGGGGAGUUGCAGCGAUGAGACAAGAUUGUUAUCACGAAAUUGGGGAGAAAAAGGGGUAAAAAAAAUCAAAUAUCUCAUAAUGCCUGUAGGGAUGUCAACCCCAAUACGUGUUCAUGUCAUCAUCACCAAUCAACUGCAUUACAGUUAAAAACGACUUUGUCUACCACCACCGAUUUCUGUAUGCUAGCUAUGCUAACCAGCUUAUACAAACGGGAGUUAGCAUUUAGCCAUGGUAUGCAGAGAAAACAGCCAAAUAUAUCCAAAUCGGACUUACAUUGCCUUCAGAAAGUAUUCACACCCCUUGACUUUUAACAAAGUGGGAUCAAAAUGUACCCAUCUACACACAAUACCCCAUAAUGACAAAGUGAAAACAUGGUUUUAGAUAUUUUUGCAAAUGUAUUGAAAAUGAAAUACAGAAAUAUCUAAUUUACAUAGUAUUCACACCCCUGAGUCAAUACUUUGUAGAAGCACCUUUGGCAGUGAUUACAGCUGUGAGUCGUUCUGGAUAUUCCACACCUGGAUUGUGCAACAUUUGCUAAUUUAUUAUUUUCAAAAUUCUUCAAGCUCUGUCAAAUUGGUUGUUGAUCAUUGCUAAACAACCAUUUUCAGAUUUGGCCUUGUGUUUUAGGUUAUUGUCCUGCUGAAAGUGGAAUUCUGGUGAAAAGCAGACUGAACCAGGUUUUCCACUAGGAUUUUGCCUGUGCUUAGCAUUCCGUUUUAUUUUUAACCAGAAAAAUUCCCCAGUAAUUAACGAUUACAAGGAUGCACAUAACAUGAUGCAGCCACCACUAUGCUUGAAAAUAUGGAGAGGUACUCGGUAAUGUUGUAUUGAAUUUGCCUCAAACAUAACACUUUGUAUUCAGGACAUAAAGUUAAUUGCUUUGCCACAUUUUUUGCAGUAUUAUUUUAGUGCCUUGUCGCAAACAAGGUGCAUGUUUUAGAAUAUGUUUUAUUCUGUACAGGCUUCCUUCUUUUCACUCUGUCAAUUAGGCUAGUAUUGUGGAGUAACUACAAUGUUGUUAAUCCCUCCUCAGUUUUCUCCUAUCACAGCCAUUAAACUCAUGGUGAAAUCCCAGAGCGGUUUCCUUUCUCUCCGGCAAAUGAGUUAGGAAGGAUGCCUGUAUCUUUGUAGUGGCUGGGUGUAUUGAUACACCAUCCAAAGCCUAAUUAAUAACUUCACCAUGCUCAAAGGGAUAUUCAGUGUCUGUGUUUAUUUUUUUAUUUUUUUGGUGAUCUACCAAUCUUUGCGAGGCAUUAGAAAACAUCCCUGGUCUUUGUGGUUGAAUCUGUGUUUUAAAUUCACUGCUCAUGUUAAAAAGUAUUAUUGCACACAGAGUGAGCCCAUGCAACUUAUUAUGUGACUUGUUAAGCACAUUUUUACUCCUGAACUUAUUUAGGCUUGCCAUGACAAAGAGGUUGAAUACUUAUUGACUCAAGACAAUUAAUUUGUAAAAAUUUCAACAAUAAAAAACAUAAUUCUACUUUGACAUUAUGGGGUAUUGUGUGUAAGCCAAUGACAAAGAAAUCUAAAUGGGGUAUUGUGUGUAAGCCAAUGACAAAGAAAUCUAAAUUGAAUACAUUUUAAAUUCUGUCUAACACAAUGUGGAAAAAGUCAAGGGUUGUGAAUACUUUUUGAAGGCACUAUAAGUAACCACAUUGUGGACCUGUUACAAUACAUAUAUCAUGACGGAUUUGACGAAUAUCCACUUUGUUAGAUCAGAUUUAUUGAAUGUGUGCCAAUCUGGUCAAUGGAACGUCUGUGUUCCAUUGCCUCCUUUACCGCAUCUAUAUCGGAACGUCAUUAAGGCCAUUAUGUUAGAGCAUUAUUACAACAUUAUGGGCAUUAUGUUAGAGCAUUAUUACACCAUUAAAUGCAUUAUGAUGUCAAAGCAUUACUACAUCAUUAAUGGCAUUAGGAUUUCAGAGCAAUUUAAAUCAUUAUGGGAAUUACAGUGGGGGAAAAAAGUAUUUAGUCAGCCACCAAUUGUGCAAGUUCUCCCACUUAAAAAGAUGAGAGAGGCCUGUAAUUUUCAUCAUAGGUACACGUCAACUAUGACAGACAAAUUGAGGGAAAAAUCCAGAAAAUCACAUUGUAGGAUUUUUAAUGAAUUUAUUUGCAAAUUAUGGUGGAAAAUAAGUAUUUGGUCCCCUACAAACAAGCAAGAUUUCUGGCUCUCACAGACCUGUAACUUCUUCUUUAAGAGGCUCCUCUGUCCUCCACUCGUUACCUGUAUUAAUGGCACCUGUUUGAACUUGUUAUCAGUAUAAAAGACACCUGUCCACAACCUCAAACAGUCACACUCCAAACUCCACUAUGGCCAAGACCAAAGAGCUGUCAAAGGACACCAGAAACAAAAUUGUAGACCUGCACCAGGCUGGGAAGACUGAAUCUGCAAUAGGUAAGCAGCUUGGUUUGAAGAAAUCAACUGUGGGAGCAAUUAUUAGGAAAUGGAAGACAUACAAGACCACUGAUAAUCUCCCUCGAUCUGGGGCUCCACGCAAGAUCUCACCCCGUGGGGUCAAAAUGAUCACAAGAACGGUGAGCAAAAAUCCCAGAACCACACGGGGGGACCUAGUGAAUGACCUGCAGAGAGCUGGGACCAAAGUAACAAAGCCUACCAUCAGUAACACACUACGCCGCCAGGGACUCAAAUCCUGCAGUGCCAGACGUGUCCCCCUGCUUAAGCCAGUACAUGUCCAGGCCCGUCUGAAGUUUUCUAGAGUGCAUGUGGAUGAUCCAGAAGAGGAUUGGGAGAAUGUCAUAUGGUCAGAUGAAUCCAAAAUAGAACUUUUUGGUAAAAACUCAACUCGUCGUGUUUGGAGGACAAAGAAUGCUGAGUUGCAUCCAAAGAACACCAUACCUACUGUGAAGCAUGGGGGUGGAAACAUCAUGCUUUGGGGCUGUUUUUCUGCAAAGGGACCAGGACGACUGAUCCGUGUAAAGGAAAGAAUGAAUGGGGCCAUGUAUCGUGAGAUUUUGAGUGAAAACCUCCUUCCAUCAGCAAGGGCAUUGAAGAUUAAACGUGGCUGGGUCUUUCAGCAUGACAAUGAUCCCAAACACACCGCCCGGGCAACGAAGGAGUGGCUUCGUAAGCAGUAUUUCAAGGACCUGGAGUGGCCUAGCCAGUCUCCAGAUCUCAACCCCAUAGAAAAUCUUUGGAGGGAGUUGAAAGUCUGUGUUGCCCAGCGACAGCCCCAAAACAUCACUGCUCUAGAGGAGAUCUGCAUGGAGGAAUGGGCCAAAAUACCGGCAACAGUGUGUGAAAACCUUGUGAAGACUUACAGAAAACGUUUGACCUGUGUCAUUGCCAACAAAGGGUAUAUAACAAAGUAUUGAGAAACUUUUGUUAUUGACCAAAUACUUAUUUUCCACCAUAAUUUGCAAAUAAAUUCAUAAAAAAUCCUACAAUGUGAUUUUCUGGAGAGAAAAAAAUGCUCAUUUUGUCUGUCAUAGUUGACGUGUACCUAUGAUGAAAAUUACAGGCCUCUCUCAUCUUUUUAAGUGGGAGAACUUGCACAAUUGGUGGCUGACUAAAUACUUUUUUCCCCCACUGUAUAUCAGAGCAUUAUAACAUCAUUAACAUAUAUUUUACAACAUUGUCUUUUCACAAGGGAGGUAAAGUAAAUGUGUGCAUUUUUCAUGCUCAAGAUAAUUACUUAAAAACCUGUGAUAUUGCAUUCUCAUCAUUUAUGCCUUCAUUACACAGCUCCUGGAUCAGUUGAAGCCUGGUGGAAGGCUGGUCUUGCCUGUUGGUCCUGAUGGGGGAAGCCAGGUCCUAGAACAGUACGAUCGCCAGAGUGACGGCACCUUCAUCAGGAAAGCCCUAAUGGGUGUGAUCUAUGUUCCUUUGACUGACAAGCGACGCCAAUGGCCUGGGUACGUAUACAGACUGACCAGUUGAAAGCUAUGAUCCUUUAUUGAUGUCACUUGUUAAAUCCACUACAAUCAGUGAUGAAGGGGAGUUGACAGGUUAAAUAUGGAUUUUUUAGCCUUGAGACAAUUGAGACAUGGAUUGUGUGAGUGCCAUUCAGAGGGUGAAUGGGCAAGACAAAAUAUUUACGUGCCGGUUUGUGUCAAGAACAGCAACGGUGCUGGGUUUUUCACGCUGAACAGUUUCCCAUGUGUAUCAAGAAUGGUCCACCACCCAAAGGACGUCCAGCCAACUUGACACAACUGUGGGAAGCAUUGGAGUCAACAUGGGCCAGCAUCCCUGUGGAACGCUUUCGACACCUCGUAGAGUUCAUGCGUCGACGAAUUGAGGCUGUUCUGAUGGCAAAGGGAGGGGGGUGCAACUCAAUAUUAGGAAGGUUUUCGAAUGUUUGGUAUACACAGCGUAUAUAAUGCAGAUCAAUGAGCAAAACAAACAAAAUAUUAAAGUCCUAAAACCUAUACUUUGUAUGUAAAUUACCCUGAAGUCAGUUUGUCACCAUGACCUGCUAUCAUGACCUUACCUUAGUUCAUCAUCCCACAUCUAGAAUUAUUUCUCCUGAGAGAUGCUGUUCUGUGUUUCUCUUUCCAGAGGUGAGCUCUGACUGCCAUAUGGUGUGGUUGCCCCUGCAGGAGAUGGCGCUGGUGCUGCAGCUCUUGUGUUCCCUAGAUCGCCAUAUGUCUGCAGCCUAGCAACACGUCCUAUGUGCUUAUUGACUAAAACUGGACCGCAGAUGACAGUUGUCCCAGGGGGUUGAAGAGGGUUGCCAAGGGCUUUUGGAUUAAUGAGUCUGUCUGUGGUUACUAUCGUUCAUUUAAGUGUACCCGUUUUGUACAUGGAGGAGUUGCAUUCAGAACAUCAACACAAUGUUUAUGUUCCUCACAGAUGUCUGGCUGAAAGGUUGGCUUAUUUAUUAUAAGGUUACAUAAAAUAUACAUAUGAUGUAAUUUUACAAAGAUGCAACACUCAUACAAAUUAAGUGAUUGGGCUUCAUCAACCAACAUGAAGAUUAGAUGUCUUGAUAAAAGUGAACAAAUUAAUGUCUGACGUGAAUCCAAGUAAACAUAGUGACCUAAAUGACCACAAUUACUCUGUCUUAGCAACAGAAAAACAACCCGUUUUACAUAGCGAUGAGAAUACAUGUACUUUAUUUUGAAAAAAUUAUUGAAAUGAUUAUACAGAAAUGCCAUACCCUAUUAAUAAAAACAUAGUAAUGAAAAUGCUUGUUUGUGUGUAAAUGUAUGGGAAAUAAUGUUGCUUUCUUUGAGACAUUGUGGAUUGUUUGGCUUCGGUUUUUGUAUCCAUCUACAGUGCCUUCAAAGUAUUCACACCCCUUGA